AUAGUUUUACAUUACCUUGCAAUAAAUGUACCAAUGUUUUACUACAGUAACCAUAUUUUAACCAUGGUAUUUGUAGUGAAACCAUAGUAAUAAUAAAGGAAAGAGAAAAAUAUGGAAAUAAAAAUCAUGAUUUUGUGUUUAUUAUGAUUUUACUAUACAAAUACUUUAGUUUAACUAUGGUUAAUAUGGAUACAGUAACCAUAGUUUUACCAUGGUAAAGCCAUAGUUUACAAAAGUAUUCAUAGUUAAACUAGUUAUCAUAUAGCAUCAGGGUGAACUAUCCCUUUAAUCUUAUAAUGUUUAUAAUGUAUAUUUAGUCAUUCUAAAUGUAAAAAUACACUUAAUGGUAGCAAUAUAAUAUAAAACAUCAUGAACCAUCUUAAUUGAGACUAACUAUUAAUAUUUCCUAAACGCAUUCCUCGUGAAUAUUGUCCCUCUUUCCACUCCGUACUUGUUUACAAACGCAGAAAAAGACACUUCAGUGAUCGAGACUAACUAUUAAUAUUUCCUAAACGCAUUCCUCGUAAAUAUUGUCCCUUUUUCCACCCCGUACUUGUUUACAAACGCAGAAAAGACACUUCAAUGAUCGAGACUAACUAUUAAUAUUUCCUAAACGCAUUCCUCGUAAAUAUUGUCCCUUUUUCCACCCCGUACUUGUUUACAAACGCAGAAAAGACACUUCAAUGAUCGAGACUAACUAUUAAUAUUUCCUAAACGCAUUCCUCGUAAAUAUUGUCCCUUUUUCCACCCCGUACUUGUUUACAAACGCAGAAAAGACACUUCAAUGAUCGUACAGCAUAACGUAUUUUUAAAACGGUAUAGUGUAUAUUCUAUUUAUAGUUUCUUAUAAUGCUUUACAUACAGAUUAUGUAAAGCUUUAUGUCAUGUCAGCUUUAAAGAGAGCAAACACGUGGGAAAUAUCAGAUUCAGAGAACGAGAAUGAAGAAACUAACACAUCAUCAUUACGUGUGAAACUGGAUCAGGACUCAUCUUCUGUCUCGACUGUGAAUGCGUUGAAUAAUUCACCGGUAUCAACAUCAGCUGCCCGGACAGAAGACGCCAGCAUCAAGAGUCCCGGGCGGAGGAGGACAAGGAGGACACGGGAGGAGGUGGAGGAGGACCGGGAGAAGAGAGAAGCUGCUCGAGAGAAACUGAGGGAGAAGAAGGAGAAACUCAAAGAAGAAAAACUGCAGGAACGACAGAGAAGGAAAGAGACAGCAGAGAAACUGAUGCUGUUCAAACCUGAAAACUUCAUGAAGACGCUCACAGUGAACAUUCACGCAGGAUUGUUGCAGGAUGCAGGCUGUGACGUGUUGCUCAGGACUCUAGAUUGUCUUGAAUGGAGGAACCGUAUAGAGAAUCAGAGUCUUCUCAACAGCAUCAGCUGGACACGACCAGCCCUUCAGACUGAGGAAGAAGAUGAAAAUGGAGUUGUUGAAGAAGAUCAAAUUCUGAUGGUGGUCCCCCAAGAUGAAUUUGAACACAUUGUGAUGUCACACAAACAAGGCACUGAUCAAUCGGUUCUCAUUGGUGAAGUGACGGAGGGGGUGGGGCCUCACAAUGAGAGGGCGGAGUCUCUGCUAAAGCAGCUGUCUGAAUACUUGACCACAAAUCCUGGGAAAGUUGUCACAAUUCUAGUGAUCAGUCAUUACCGACGAUCAGGAAUUUGGGAUGAAGACGAUACCAGCUCUCACCUCCGUCAGCAGGAUUUGGACAUAGAAGAGAUCCUGGUUCACCUGCAGCUCUACUGGAAUGUGGCUGUGCACUUCCUGUUUGGCUGGCAGGAAGUGACCGAUCAUGUGAUUGCUUUUACCAAAGCUUUAUCCAAACGACCUUACAAAGUGUUGUGUGGUGAUCCUGAGCUGGGCUUCUGUAUGGACGGCUCGUGGUCAGGAGGUGUGCGUGUGGACAGAGAUGGCCAUGGCCUCGCUCAAGUGUGGACACGUCAGAUACAGCAGCUGAACCGUGUCAGUCCAGCCAUGGCCAAAGCCGUGACGGGCACAUACCGCUCACCUUCACUUCUGCUGCAGGCCUAUGAAGAGUUGGAGUCUACGGAUGACCAACGCAAACUAUUGGCUGAUGUCACUGUAGUAGGCGGGGCCAAAGAGAGGCGUGUCGGUCCUGAGCUCUCACGCCGUAUACAUCGACUUCUUACUUCCCAGAAUCCUCAUCUCCUGCUGGACUGAGACCGGAAGUGUGGGAGAAAUGACUGAUUCUGCACAAUAUAGCUGCCUGACUACUUAAAGACUAACCUGUGAUGGUGAUUCUCCAUCAAAAACUGAUUUGAACCUCAGAUCCAUCAUUCAAAUGCAUUUGCCAUUAACAGUUCACUUUGGUUCAGUCACACAGCUAACACUUUUAACUAUAGUAUCGAUUAUGUAUCAUGUGGUCUUUACAAAUCACUAUAAAUCACAUACAUUUAAGGGAUUAUUUUGAUCUGUAUUUAAACUUAUUGUUUCAUGUCCUGCUGGCACUUAAACUGCAUCAUUUGGCAAAUGCUUUUACCACUAAUCCAAGUAAAUGAGAUUACACAUCAAAACACAAAUGAGCUUUGUAGUUUAUCUGUUUAUUUAUUUUUUUACCUCAAAACAAUUUAAUCAGUUAGAAAUCAUGCAAAAGAGUACAAAAUUAUUUCACUCGUCACACUAAUAAAUAUAUUAGUUAUUUAAUAAAUCAAUCAAAUCAAGAGAGGGCAAGUUGAACUAAUAAAAUACAGAAUGAAAAACAAAAUGGUUAUACCUCAUAAUCAAUGAAACACACAAACUAAAGGCUUUAUAAAAUCAGAUAUGUAUUUAACUUUCAUAGCAGAGCUAAAGCACUCCAGUAUUGAAUUACAAUAAAAUACUUUAACGCUUCAAUGAACCAAUUGACCGUCUCAGAUAUUGAUUUACUGCAUUUUAGAAAUCUGAUCAUUUGAUAUAACUGGAAGUCAUUUGUUCAGUCGGCCUGUCGUUGUGAUUAAUAGAGGGCAGGAAAGUUUUGGGACCCACUUUAUAUUAGGUGGCCUUAAAUACUAUGUACUUAACCAUUAAUACAAUAUACAUAUUCUGUGCAUGCAUGUUUUUGCAUUGUAAUUACAUUUAAAGUACCUGCAUUUAAUUACAUUUGUAGUUACACUGUUAACUCUAACCCAACCCUCACCCCAAAACCUAACUCUACCCCAACCCUUACCCCAAAACCUGACUCUAACCCAACCCUCACCCCAAAACCUAACUCUACCCCAACCCUCACCCCAAAACCUG